CUGUGAAAGUUACAUUCAAAUCGAAUAAGAAAAAGAGCAGAAAAAAUGGGAUGAAGUGUGGCAAGAAUAACAUUUUGAGAAAACGCCCGAUGAAGGUCAGACAAGUUUUAAAACAUAUGUCGAACUAAAACGUGGCAACUACUUGAUAAUAUUAACACAGAAGAGACAGAACGGAGGUUUCUUGCUAAAACUGAAGCAUGAUAUAAGCGGUGGAAAACAUGCUUUUUGACACAAAAAGUGGCAGUUACUUAGCUCUAAAAUCCCUUCAAACACCACAGAAACGCUGACAUACAUUUUCGGACAUUGUUCAGGAAAUAUCCGGAAGUUAUAAUAAGUGAUAAUCCCAGUUUUCAUAAUUUCACCAAAAAAACCCACCACUUUUAGGUGCCCCGCCACCCCUUAAAAUUGCGAGUGCAAGUCGUGUGUGAAAAAAAACAACCAGGAACCGGUAGGCCCUACAUGUACAUGUACAUUUUAUACACAAAACACUAUGUUCAUACUUCCAUGAGUUCGUGAACUUUGUCCAAAGCGAGUGGUUGGAGGGCGCCGCUGGUAGGUCCUACUUCUUAACUUUCCCUCUGUUGUAGAUCUAUUUGACUGUCGCUUAUUCUUCCAAUUUCCGAGCACUAAAUAUCCAUUAUUGUGUCGAUGGGCUUCUUUUAACGCAAACGAAAUUCACCAUCAAUGAAAUAGGCCUAUAUUACUACAUAAAAUAGUUAGGGCAUCCAAGAACAUAAUAAUUGACUCAUAAAUUUGAAUGCUGAGUAAAAUUUCAAGACCAGCAGAUGGAAAUAAAAGUAAACGUGUUUUAACGCUUCCUAUUCUAUUAUUUCAGGAACAUUUUUUUUUCAAGAAACCACAUGCAAUCGUCUCAUCGACUCUACCAGUUGACUGUCUUCGUUGGGAAAAGACAGCCAGGUUGCUCAAACUAUUCUUGUGUCUGUGAAUUGUAAUCAUUAUGAAAAAAGAAUAACGAGGACAGUCAAUUUCAGCGAAAGUACAUUUUAAAUAAUAUUCAGCUUUACACACACAAAAAUAAGUGCUCUAUGUUGAGACUCAGGUUUAUUUCAACAGGAUGACCUGGAAACCAAUCUGUUUUAAUAAGGUGCAUGUUACAGGGAUUCUAGUUUUCUGUUUUCUCAGCUGCGUGUUAUCUGUCAACAAUCGGGUUAACGUAGCUUUAAACAAGCCUGCCGAACAGAGCGGAUUGCUGGAAAAUGCCAAGUUUCCUAAUGGCUCGGCCUUCCGGGCGGUUGAUGGGGAUAAAGACCCCGAGUACAAACAUGGAUCUUGUGCCCAUACAACACUGAAAGGAGCCCAAAAAGUGCCAGCCUGGUGGAUGGUGGACCUACAAAAGCAGUUUCAGGUACACGCCAUCAACAUAUCAAACAGAAACGUCUACUCCGAAAGAAUGCAAAACUUUUCUGUGUACGUGAAAAGGGAUAACCCUAUGAGUGAUUCGGAAUUCCCGAAGGAAAGCCGUCUGGGGGAGCUGUGCUUGCACCGGCAGUUGGUGAUUGCGGCUUCCACAACAGAAUUACUGUCAUGCAGUAGCCCCGUCACCGGCAGGUAUGUCACAGUAUACAAAUUCGGCUUCGGACCACUGGUUAUGUGCGAACUAGAGGUACUAGCGGAGGCUGCUGCAGAAGCUGGCGAAAACCGGCCAGCAGGUAUGCACUAUCUGAAUAUCAAAAGGAGAAUGAAAAGUUUGCAAUCACCCUUUAUCUUCAAGUCCGGCUUGAGAAGUCUGCUCGAUUGCGCAGCUACUUGUUCGAAAGAGAAAGAGCAGCGUGCAUUUACUGGAUUUACCAUCUCGUAGUUCCGGGAAAAGACGGGUCAGUGUGAAUGUGUUCUGGUGUCCAGUGAUCCUGAGUUAAUGAACGACUCGGAGUGGACAGUGGGAUACUUCAUGUGAUAUCUAUAUCUCUCUCUCUAUAUAUAAGAACGAUGUGUGUUCAGCAACAUAUCAGGACCGUACACUAUUCUAACUUGGUGCCCCUGCUGUUAGAAAAAAAAAGUGCCUCGUGACUCGACGAACUCUCGAUUCAGUCUGAAUCUAACAGUAGUAGCCUACAUUAAUUUGUAUCGGCUUAUCUCCGAUUCUUCUGUAUUUAUCGGUAUUGCAUCCUCGCGGUACAUAAACAAAUAAAAACACAUAAUGCAAAAAAAAACUCUUCUAGACUUCUGAAAAAAAAGAGACUCGAAGUUGUUUUCUAUGAGAAAAGUUUACAUGUUAAAAACUUAGUUUUGUCAUCAACUCUUAUUCAUCUUUUCCAUGUAGGUACAAAUUGUGUGUGUGUGUGUAUGUGUGUGAGAGAGUGUGUGUGUGCGUGUGUGUGUGUGUGUGUGUGUG